AAGUCCCUCAUUUUUUCCCAUUCUACCAAGUUUCUACUCCACUAAUCUCUCUCCAAAACCACAACACUAACGUGUUGUGUUAACAAUAAAAAAAUAAAAAUGGGGUCAUUAAUAGGUCAUGUUAUACCAGGGUUUGGUUUUUUUCUUAUUGGUAUUUGGCAUUUGCUCAACCACAUAAAAUUACAUGCUUUCCACCCAAAAUCCUACACUUCCUUACCAUGGUUCCCAGCUCCAAAAAUCAGGUACGUGGAACUUUAUGUGAUUCUGUUUGGCACCUUAGUCUCCAUAUCAAUGGAACUCUUCAUUGGUCCAUCAAAACACCAACCUUUUGACUCUGAUGGAACCAUACCUUCAUAUCAUCUCCAUAACUUUGAACAUGCAAAUAUCUCCCUUACUUUCUUUGUCUAUGCAUCCUUUUCGAUCUUAUUCGACAAAAUCAUCCCUUCAACCUCAGCUCAAAAUGGACUUACGUUAUUUCUUGGAGCUGUUGCUUUUGGUCAAGAACUCCUUCUUUUCCAUCUUCAUUCUACUGACCAUAUGGGUGUUGAAGGACAAUACCAUUGGCUUCUCCAAAUUGUCAUCUUUUCGUCUUUUAUCACUACUCUUUUGGGAAUUCCUUUCCCUAAAAGUUUCUUGAAUAGUUUUGUGAGGUCUUAUAGCAUUAUGUUUCAAGGAAUUUGGAUGAUGGUCAUAGGUGUCAUGCUUUGGACUCCAGAGUUCAUCUCAAAAGGUUGCUUUCUCAACUUUGAAGAAGGGCAUAAAGUGGUUAGAUGUCAUAAGAAGGAAGCACUUGAAAGAGCAAAGGCAUUAGUAAAUAUCCAAUUUAGUUGGUACUUGGUUGGGAUUACUGUUUUUACACUCUCACUUUAUUUGGUUCUAGUCAAGGCUUUUAGGGAAAAUGUUGAGUACUUGUCUUUAAUAAGCAAAUUUGAGGAGGAGGAUUUAUUUGAAGAUGUUGAAGCUCAGAAGAAAAGACUUGUCAACCAUAUUGGUGAGCAAAAGAGUUUUGUUGAAAUGGGAAAAAUAGAGAAUAAUUAGAAAUGGAAUGUUUCAUGUCUAAUCUUGUGUGGUGAGUGUGUGUUGUUGGGAUGUAGAAGAAAAAUAAAUAUAUCCUCAUUGGCAUGUUGUAUUUACUCAUUUGAUCAAAGCCUAGUAAAAUAAAAAAAUUAAAAGGGUGUGUAGGGGAUUGAGAUCAAUUCAAUAUUUAUGUGGUUAAUUUGUUUAUAUGUUUUGGGGAGGAAAGCAUGUGGUGGGAGAAAAGUUUAUUGUUGGAAGGAUUUUUUUAAUUAAUAAACAUGUUCAAUAUUGUAGUACUAUAUAAUUUAAAAGGCUUUUUGGGAUUCA